CUGUUCAGCAUUAGGCUUUACCAUAGCAGAAAAAAAGAGAGAAGUCUGCUGGCUGACUGUCCUCUCCGGGGGGAUCGACAGAUAGGCUAGCCCUCCAACCUGGGAAUUCUCUCUUCCUGCCAAACGCUUGUUGUUAAUCUUGCGGAAUUUGGGGGAAAAGAAGACAAGAGUCGGAUAUACCUUUCAUGACGGACUGACAUUUUUUGGUGGCAUUUGUCUGCUUUUUUGUCCCACUGAAAGUGGUAUUUCAGUUCGGAUACUGAGAGGACGUGAGAAGAAAUACAUUUUCCCAGAAUACAGCUAACCAGGUUUAAGUUUUAGCCCUAGGGACAACCUAGGAAGACGGACAAGGGGAAAGCCAAUCAGAAGUGGCUGAGGCCACCCCUCCUGACAGACCAUGGGAGAUAGGUCUGGGAGAAAACUAGCUGCUGCAAAGAGACAGACCCAGCUACUGGUGGUGAAGGGUCUGGAGGAUGUGGAGGUGUGUGAGAGCGAGGGUUGCUCCUUCGAGGUGACCCUCAACCUGUCCUACAUAGAUGGCAUGUGGACCAAGGACGGGGUCAAGCUCAAGUCCAAGCCUGCCUGUCGCAUCACUGCCCAUCGGAAUAAACACACUCUCACCUUCACCCGGGUCACCGUAGGAGACACUGGCCUGUUCUCCUUCCAGACUGAUGGUGCCCAAAGCUGUAUUCAAACCUCAGGUCAACUCAUUGUCAUAGCCAGAGACAUCCAGAUUGUGAAGGAAUUGGAGGACGAGGAAGUGACUGAGAGGCAGAGUGUGACCUUCCUAUGCGAGGUCAACUAUGAGAAUGUGGACGGGCGCUGGUACAGAGACAACACCAGGGUCAAACACGGAGACAACGUCAAGAUCAGCCAUGAGGGUAAAACUCACACCAUGUGCUUCAAGUCUGUAAGGCCAGCAAAUGCUGGGGAGAUCAAGUUCACUGCAGACAGGGUCUCGUCCUAUGCAAUUCUCACAGUAAAAGAGCUGCCUGUGCAGAUAGUGAAGCCUCUGAGAGUGAAGAUUGCUAUGUACAAACACAAAGGCCUGCUGGAGUGCCAAGUGUCGCGGGCCAAUGCCCAGGUCAGGUGGUUCAAGAACAGGAAUGAGAUCCAGCCCAGCCAGAAGCACCAGAUCGUCAGCGAUGACAUCUACAGGCAGCUCCACAUCCACGACGUGGCCUCCUCUGAUGAGGACACCUACACCUGUGAUGCUGGUGAUGACAAGACAUCCUGUCAGCUGUUAGUGGAGGAGCAGUCUAUCAGCAUAGUGCGGGGACUGAGGUCCCUGGAGGUGACGGAGCCCAGGGAGGCCUUGUUCCAGGUGGAGAUCAGCCUGCGGGCGGGGAGACCCCCCAAGUGGACCCUGGAUGGAGAGGUCCUGAUGGAGGGGCCUAAAGUGAGCAUAGACCAGGAAGGGACCAUGCACACCCUCUGCUUCAGCAGCACAGACAGCUCUAUGACCGGCACCGUGCAGUUCAACGCCGGGAAGAGCCGCUCUGCCGCACAGCUCACUGUGAAGGAGCGACCUCUAAAGGUGGUCCAGCCCAUGCCAGACGUGGAGGCUAAAGAGAACAGCUCGGUCACACUGAGCUGUCAAUUUGCCCCCUCCCCCAGGGUGGUACGCUGGUACAGGGGCCGCACCGCCCUGCAAACGUCCAGCAAGUACAGCAUGAAGACGGAGAAGAGCCAGGCAGAGCUGACCAUCCAGGGUCUCAAGGAGACCGACACCGGCCAGUACAGCUGCAUGGCCGGAGGGUCAAAGAGCACGGCUAAGGUCACUGUGGAGGUGCGAAGGCUUAAGAUCAUAAGGCACCUGGAGCAUGUAGAAGUGGAGGAGGAUAGCAACGCCACAUUCACCUGUGAGCUCAACUAUGUGGUCGCCAAUGUGCAGUGGCUCCUGAACGACAACCGUCUUAACCCCAACUCCGUCACCAGGAUCCAAAACAUGGGCACCAUCCACAGCCUCACCAUCAAAAUGCUCUGCCCCCAGGAUAGCAGAGUCACGUUCCAAGCCGGCCUGCUCACCGAGUCCACCUCCCUCAAGGUCAAAGAAAAGCCAGCGGUGUUCCUGAGGUCUCUAGAAGACAUGUCAGGGGAGGAGGAGGGGAAGGUGUGUCUGCAGUGCGAGACCUCCAAGGAAAUGGUCACCCCCAUCUGGAGGAAGGAUGGUACGGUCCUGGCCUGCAGUGACAAACAUGAGCUGCUCAAGUUUGGGAAGUCCUUAGCGCUCAUCAUCCACAGUCUGAGUAAGGAUGAUGCAGGCCACUAUAGCUGUGACCUGGGCACCAGCCAGACUAAGGCCAAGGUCACUGUACAUGACCUUCACAUCACCAUUGCCCAGCGUAUGAAGACGGCCUCUGUUCUGGAGGGCGAGAGCUGCAGUUUCGAGUGCGUCCUCUCUCAUGAUGUCAUCGACGAGUCCUCCUGGACCCUGAACGGUCAACUUGUGGUCAGCAACAGCCGCAUCCAGAGCGUAAACAAGGGCCGCAAGUACAAGAUGACAAUCAGAGAUGCAACCUUGACUGACGCCGGGGACGUUGUCUUCUUCAUCAAAGACCUCAGCUGCAGGACCAUGCUAUUUGUCAAAGAGAAGCCAGUGCAUGUGUUCAGGGACAUGACGAACGUCAAAGCCACCCCAGGGGAGGAUGCUGAGCUGAGCUGUGAGAUCACCAAGCCUGAGGCCUUCAUACGCUGGCUGAAGAACGGCCAUCAGAUCAGGCACAGCCCCCCCAAGUACGAGAUCAGUGUGGAGGACCACCUGGUACGGCUGGUGAUCACAAACACCUGCAUCAGAGACUCUGGGGAGUACUGCUGUGAGGCAGAUGGAAUUGCCACCCGGGCCAAGCUGGAGGUCAGAGAGCUGCAGCACAUGUUUGCACGUGAGCUGCGUGAGGCACGGGCUGAGGAGAAGAGCAAGGUGACGCUGGAGUGCGAGACAAGGUUGCCGGCCAAGAGGGUGACCUGGUUGAAGGGCAUGGCGGAGCUCCGGGCGGGCAAGAAGUAUGUGAUGAAGCAGAAGGGCGUGGCCCUCUCCCUCACAAUCAGCUGCCUGGACAAGGGUGACACGGACGUGUACAUCUGCGACGUUGGCACCAUGCAGAGCCGGGCGCUACUGACCGUACAUGGUCAGAAGGUGUUGAUCAUGGAUGAGUUGGAGGACGUUGAGUGUCUGGAGAAUGACACAGUGAUGUUCAGGUGCCGUAUCUGUCCCAGCGACUAUGUUGGGGUCAAGUGGUACCUGGAUGAGACCUUACUGUACAUGAACAAGCUGAAUGAGAUCCAGGUGGUCCCGGGGGGAUACCACAGUUUAACCUUCAAACAGUUGGCCCAUAAAGACUCGGGGACCAUCUCCUUCGAGGCAGGCGACAAGAGGUCCUACGCCUCAUUGCUUGUUAGAGAGAGACGUCCUACCAUUACCAAAGCACUGGAGGACUGUGAGGCCAUUGAGGGAGGCGGUUUGGUGCUGGUGUGUAUCACCUCUAAGCCAUGCCACAUUCUGUGGUACAAAGAUGGCUGCCUAAUGUGGAGCUCCUCAAGGUACUACGUCAGUCGCUCAGGUAAUGAGGCCAGGCUGACAAUCAGGGAGGUCAGUAACAGCGAUGCUGGGGUGUACGAGUGCAGCGCUGGAUCGGUCAGCACCAAGGCCGUCGUCACUGUGAAAGCCAUCCCAGCUGAGUUCACCCAGCAGCUGCAGAGCAUGGAGGUGAAGGAGGGGGAGGAUGUAACCCUGUCCUGUCAGUUCUCCUUGCCAGGGGUUGCGUUCCACUGGAGGAGGGGCUUGGAGAACCUCAGGGCUGGAGAGAGGUACCUGAUAAAGCAGAAGAAGUCCCUCAUCUCUCUGACCAUCACCGGCCCGAAACCAGAAGACUCAGGAGACUACACUUGUCAGUGUCGAGAUCACAGAACCACAGCCACCCUCACAGUCCACGCUAUCCCCAUAUCCUUCAAACAACAGUUGAAGAAUGUUCAGGCUGAGGAGGGCAACAGUUUCACAUUGCGCUGUGAGCUCUCCAAAUCAGGAGUCCCUGUAGAGUGGAAGAAAGGAGAGGAGCUGGUGAGGCAUGGAAGGAAGUUUCAGAUAAGGAAGAGGGAGACCAUAUCGGAGCUUCAGAUAUGGAAAGCUGUGCCAGAAGACAGUGGAGUCUACAGCUGCCAGUGUGCAGACCAAAAGACCAUGGCCACCGUCAAAAUCAGUGCCCUGCCCAUUACCUUCAAAAAAAAGCUGAGGAACGCACAGGUUGAGGAGGGGAACAGUUUGGUGUUACACUGUGAGCUCUCUAAACCAGGAGUCCCUGUAGAAUGGAUGAUGGGAGGAGAGGAGCUGCUGAACAACGGAGAGAAGUUUCAGAUAAAGCAGAGAGAGUUGGUGAAUGAACUGAAGAUUCUGGAUGCGAAACCUGAAGACAGCAAUAUCUACACCUGCGUUUGUGGCAAUGUGGAGACCACAGCCGGUGUUACUGUCACGGCAAUUCCAAUCACUUUCAAGCAAAAGCUGAGGAAUCUGCAGACUGAGGAAGGGAUCACCAUCAGCCUGCACUGUGAGCUGUCUAAAUCAGUGGUCCCUGUGGAGUGGAGGCUGGGAGGACAGAUGAUACUGCAAAAUGGAGACAAGUAUCAGAUGAAGCAGAGAGGUUUGGCACUGGAGCUCAUCAUCAGAGAGGCUCUGCCUGAGGACAGUGGAGUCUAUAGCUGUGUGUGUCGAGAUCAGAAGACAAAGGCCACAGUCAAAGUCCUUGCUGUUCCCGCCACCUUCAGAGUUGGUCUGAAGAACCAGGAUGCCCCAGAGAAGGGCAACGUGACCCUGCGCUGUGAGCUGUCUAAGUCUGGCGUCCUGGUGGAGUGGUGGAGGGGGGAGAUAGAACUGUCCCAGGACCUGUCAGGGGGAAAGUACCAGAUCAAACUGGAGGGGAGGAUCGCUGAGAUGACCAUUACCAACGUGCAACCGGAGGACAUAGGAAAAUACAGCUGUGUCACUGGAGACCAGAAGACCACCGCUGUAGUUAAAGUGCAAGCUCUCCCUGUGACGUUCAAGCGCCAGCUCCAGAACGCAAUGAUCAAAGAGGGGGACAGUGGGGAGUUCUGGUGUGAGCUCUCCAAGCCUGGAGCCCCAGUGGACUGGAGGAAGGGGAGAGUCCUCCUGAAGUCUGGAGACAAAUAUGAGAUGAAGCAGGAGGGACGCAUCACUAAACUGCUCAUCCAUAACGUGGAGGAGAGUGACGCUGGGAAAUACACCUGCAAGACUAAAGACACCCAGUCAACUGCUGAGCUGACCGUGAAGGGCCUACCCCCCACUUUCAAAGAACAGCUGAGGAACAUGGCAGUUGAGGAGGGUAAGACUGUGACACUACGCUGUGAGCUGUCUAAACCUGCAGCGUCAGUUGUGUGGAAGAGGGGAGCAGAGCUGUUGAAGAAUGUAGACAAGUGCCAGAUAAGGAAGAAAGAUUUACUGGUGGAAUUGAAGAUUAUCGAUGCGAAUCUGGAAGACAGUGGGGUUUACACCUGUAUUUGUGGUGAACAAAAGACUACAGCCACUGUUACAAUAAAUGUUCGCCCCGUCACAUUUAUAGAAGAGCUGAGAAACGUUCAGGUUGAGGAGGGCAACAAUGUGACGUUGCGUUGCGAGCUCUCUAAACCAGGGAUGUUGGUAGAAUGGAUGAGAGGAACAGAUCUGCUGCAGAACGGAGAGAAGUACCAGAUGAAGCAGAAAAAUGCUACGUUGGAGCUGAUCAUCAGGAACACCUUACCUGAAGACAGUGGAGUCUACAGCUGCUUGUUGGAAGACCAGAAAACGUUUGCCACCAUCAGUAUCACUGCCGUCCCAGUCACUUUCAAGCAGAAACUAAAGAACCAAGAGGCUCCGGAGGAGGGUAACGUGACGUUGCGCUGCGAGCUGUCUAAAUCAGGAGUCUCCGUGGAAUGGCUGAAGGGAGAGGAGCUGCUGAGGGAAGGGAAGAGGUACCAGAUGAAACAGGAGGGGAGGACUGCUGAGAUGGUCAUCAGGAACGUGGUGCUGCAGGACGCUGGGGAGUAUAGCUGUGUCACCGCCUGCAAUGUCAGGACAGCAGCUGACAUCAAAGUUAGGGCCCUCCCUGUAACAUUCACACAAGAGGUCCAGAACGCGAUGAUCAAAGAGGGGGACAGUGGGGAGUUCUGGUGUGAGCUCUCCAAGCCUGGAGCCCCAGUGGACUGGAGGAAGGGGAGAGUCAUCCUGAAGUCUGGAGUAAAAUAUGAGAUGAAGCAGGAGGGACGCAUCACUAAACUGCUCAUCCAUAACGUGGAGGAGAGUGACGCUGGGAAAUACACCUGCAAGACUAAAGACACCCAGUCAACUGCUGAGCUGACCGUGAAGGCGCCUCCCAUCACGUUCAAGGUGAAGUUGAAGAACCAGGAAGUCGAGGAGGAGAACAGUGUGACGUUGUUCUGUGAGCUCUCUAAACCAGGACUGACGGCAGAGUGGAGGAAGGGGGAGGAGCUGCUGAAGAAUGGAGUGAGGUACCAGAUAAGGAAGAGAGAGGCAACGAUGGAACUGACCAUCAGGAAAGCAGUGCUCGAGGACACCGGAUUCUACAGCUGUGUUUACGCAGAAGCCAAAACCUCGGCCACUGUCAACAUCACUGCCAUACCUGUCACCUUCAAAAUGGGCCUUAAGAACCAGGAGGCCCCAGAGGGGGGAAUCGUGAACCUGCGCUGUGAGCUGUCUAAGGCUGGAGUCCCGGUGGAGUGGUGGAAAGGCAAGGAGGAGGUGAGCCCUGGAGGAAGGUACCAGAUGAAGCUGGAGGGAAAGGUAGCGGAGAUGCACAUCAAGAACAUCCAACCGGAGGACGUGGGGGAGUACAGCUGUAUAUUCGGAGAUCAGAAGACCACUGCUGAAGUCAACGUGAGAGCUGCUGCAUCAGUCUUCUUUGAGAAGGAGCUAGAGAGCAAGGUGGUGUUGGAGGGGACGUCAGCGGUCCUCUCCUGUGAGGUCUCCAGCGUUACGGUCCCCGUCACCUGGAGGAAGGACGCCUGCCUGGUCACAGACGGGGAGAGGUUCACUUUGAAGAAGAAAGGCCCUGUUCACACCCUGGAGAUCCGGAAGUUGAGUCUGGAGGACGCCGGGGAGUACAGCUGCAUCACCAGGGGAAAGAAGACCACAGCCAUGCUAGUUGUGAAAGAGCGUGUGAUGAUCUUGUCAGGACUGAAGGACAUGAAGAUCAUGGCCGGGCAGGACGCAGUGUUUGUGUGCGAGCUGUCCCACAAGGAGGUAAGCGAGGGCGAGUGGUGGCUGGGCUCCAGCCUCCUGCAGAAGAAUGAAAUGAACCAGAUGAGCUGCUUGGGCCACCAGCACCGCCUGGUCCUGACCAUGACCACGCCGGAGGAGACCGGGACCGUGGCCUUCGUUGUCGGGGAGGAAAAGACCUCCGCCCAAUUGUUGGUGCUCCCCAAACCCAAAGUACUCAUUGAGAAGAAGCCUGGGGACAUCGUCAUCAUGGAAGGGGAGAUGGCCACUUUAUCCUGUACGACCUCUGACCUCUUUAGCUCUGUCACAUGGAGAAGGAACAGGAUGCCCCUCCUGAACGGAGAUAAGUAUGAGACUCGAAAGGAGGGCAAGCUCAACCUGCUGCUCAUCCAUGACACGGAACCAGGAGACUCUGGGAUAUACUCCUGUGACACUGGUGACAUGCAGAGCAGUGCCAAUCUGACUGUCAAUGAGCUGCCUCCAUACUUUGAGGAAGAGCUGCAGACUGUGGAGGCUGAGGAAGGGGGCACUGCCUUCCUAUCCUGUGAGCUGUCUAAGCCUGCGGUCCCAGUCCAGUGGAGGAAGGGCCGGCUACCUCUCAGGCCCAACAGGAAGUACAAGAUGAGGCAGGACGGCUGUGUGUUUCAGCUACACAUCCUGGAGCUGAAGAAAGAAGACAGUGGCAGCUACACGUUCCAGGCAGGUGGUGUGGAGACCACUGCCUCUGUGACAGUAAAGCCUCCCUCAGACAAGACAGAUCCUCCCAAGACAAUUCCUCCCACAAAGGCUGCCUCUCCCACUACUCCACCAGAAAAGGCCCGACCUGGCCCUCCAGAGCCAAAGAAACGGGGCAUGACCCGGUCAUCCAUUGUGGAGUCCGAGGAAGACCUGGAGCUUGAGGAAAAAGAGACAGUUGUAAACCCACAUAAGAAACAGUCAUUAAGGACUAUGGGUAAGGAGACUAAGGUAGACCAGCAGGAGAAACAGAAAGUGAAACAGCCAGUAGGUAUGGUGAAGGAUACCAUAGAAGAAAAGACCCAGAAACAGCUAGUACCACCACUGAGGUCUAAAGGGAAGGAGGCAACUAUGGUGAAGGAUUCACAGAUGGACCAGAGGGAGAAAAAGCCAGUGAAACAGCCAGCCAGAGCUAUAGUGAUGGACACAGAGGAGAAAAAGACUGAAAUCGACCCGAGGGAGAAAAAGAUAUUGAAAGAGAUUGGGGUAGACCAGGUGGUGAAACAGCCAGUUCCACCAGCGAGACGAGCAUCUAUAGUGUCUGAUGCUGGGGUAGAGCAUGUAGGCAAAAAGCCAGUUCCACAUGCGACACAAGCUUCUGUUUCAGUUUCGGAUGCUGGGGUAGACGAGGUGAGGAAACUGCCAGUUCCACCAGCGAGACGAGCAUCUAUAGUGUCUGAUGCUGGGGUAGAGCAUGUAGGCAAAAAGCCCGUUCCACCUGCGAGACGAGCUUCUCUUGUUUCAGUUUCAGAUGCUGGGGUAGACCAAAUGGUGAAACAGAGAGUUCCACCAGCGAGACCAGCUUCUGUUGUUUCAGUGUCGGAUGCUGGGGUAGACAAAGUGAGGAAACAGCCAGUUUCCCCAGUGAAACAAGCUUCUGUUGUUUCAGUGUCGGAUGCUGGGGUAGAGCAUGUUGGCAAAAAAAACGUUCCACAAGCGAGACAAGCUUCUGUUGUUUCAGUGUCGGAUGCUGGGGUAGACGAGGUGAGGAAACAGCCAGUUCCACCAGCGAGACGAGCAUCUGUUGUUUCAGUGUCGGAAGCUGGGGUAGACGAGGUGAGGAAACAGCCAGUUCCACCAGCGAGACGAGCAUCUGUUGUUUCAGUGUCGGAAGCUGGGGUAGACCAAAUGGUGAAACAGCCAGUUCCACCAGUGAAACAUGCUUCUGUUGUUUCAGUUUUGGAUGCUGGGGUAGACAAAGUGAGGAAACAGCCAGUUCCACCAGCGAGACAAGCAUCUGUUGUUUCAGUUUCGGAUGCUGGGGUAGACGAGGUGAGGAAACAGCCAGUUUCACCAGCGAGAAGAGCAUCUAUUGUUGCAGUUUCGGAUGCUGGGGUAAAGCAUGUAGGGAAACAGACAGUUCCACCAGCGAGACAAGCGUCAAUAGUGUCGGACGCUGGGGUAGAGCAGAUAGUUAGGUCUGUUAGAUCUAAAAAGGAGAUUGAUAUAGAAAUAGACCAUCAGGACAAACAGCCAGUGAAGUUUAUGGUGAAGGAGAUGGAAAAACACAAGAUUGCGGUGGAUGGUAACCAAGUCCAUAUCUCAGAGGAUGAGUCCUCCACUGAGGCCCCCACCCAGGUAAGAGUCAACCAGAAGACCAACAAGCCUGUAGUUGCUGUAGCUGGGGUUCCCAAGGGGCUCCCGAUGACUAAGCAAGUAGACAAGACUGAACCUGACAUGGAAAUCAGUGUAGAGGACGAACCUGAGAUGCUGGAUGCCGCCAUCAAGAUCCAGGCAGCUUUCAAGGGAUACAAGACCCGCAAAGACAUGCGGCCAAUCUUCAAGCAGGUGUUCAAGAACCAGAACGUUGAGACCAACGGUACCAUCCAGCUAGCGUGCGUGGUGGAAGGGAAGUCCAACGCAGUACGCUGGCUGAAGAACGGCCAGCAGAUCAUAGGAGACCAACGCCACCGCAUGAACACCUCUGAGGAUGGCGUCUGCACACUGGUGAUCAUCAACAUGUCAGCCAUAGACACUGGGGUCUAUACAUGUGAGGUGGUCAACAAGUUUGGUGUGACCUCAUAUAAUGGCAACAUUACUGUGGGUCAACCUCAAAACCCUCCACCCUCCACCCAGAGGCCUGCAGCCCCAGCACAGCCCUCCACCCCUUCUGUGCACCCAGUCCUGGCCUCUGUUGGCCCUCUCCAGCCAGCCCAGACCUCCACCUCUGGGAAGGAGACUAUGGAUUCUGUGGAGAGUGAGGAGAUCUCCCUGUGGCAGGCCUACAACCUGACCGAGGAGGAUCCCCGCAAUACCCUGCAGGAGAGGAGGAGGGCCUCACUCAUCUCCGCCAGCUCUAUGUCUAGUCCCUCAGAAUACGACACAGCUCCAGAUUUCAUAGAGCCUGUUGACAUCAUCCCCAAAGAUCCCUGCAGGGAAAAGGAAGAGGACCAGUUACCCCAUAAGGAUAAAGAACAGAAAGUCACCCCUCAACCACCAAAGAGGCAUUUGAAGGUCAAAGCUACUGAUGCCAAGCUGAGGACUCUGUCCCCGAAACACCACUGUGCCCACACAGGUUCUGGCUCAGAGUCAGAUGGUGACGAGGACAGAAGAGAGACAUUUGAUGUCUAUGUGGCCAGAGCUAACUGCAACUCUCAACAAGGUGGCAACAAGGAGAGCUUUGUGUUGAAGGAGGGACAGUAUGUGGAGGUCUUGGACUCUGUCCACCCUGAGAAGUGGCUGGUCCGUACCAAACCCUCCAAAAACAGCCCCUCACGCCAAGGAUGGGUCUCCCCUGCAUACCUGGAGAAGAAGAGAAAGGAAACAUUCCCACAAGUGAGGACACCACAACAGGAGAUGGAUGGAUCAGGUUCUACAGAGGAAGAGUACAGAAGAACAUUAAGCCAAUUGAUCCAGGGGCUGAUUGAUGGGGAGGAAGAGUUUGUGAAGGAGAUGAAGGACUUUACAUCCCACUACCUGCACCACUUAGACACUAGCCCUCAUGUCCCCAUCAACAUCAUCAACCAGAAAGAAACUAUCUUCCGCAAUAUCAAGGACAUCAUGGCUUUACACGAGAGGUCUAUUCUGCCCAGGCUGAGCGAGUGUUCUACUGAUGAUGACGUGGCCAUGCACCUGGUCAAACACGCAGAGGACUUUCAGAAGUAUCUGCAGUACAUGAUGGGCCAAACACAGGCAGAGGCCUGUGUCACUGACAAGACCAUCCAGCAGUACUUCAAGCAGAACACGAGAACAGAGCCUGAGCACUCCGGAACUACAGCGCUGGAUGUCAUCACCUUCUUACAGAGACCAGCGGAGAGGAUUCAGACCUACCAGGCCUUGCUCAAGGAGCUGAUCAAGAACAAGGCUAAGUGUGGGAAAAGCUGCUGUCUGCUGGAGGAUGCAUUCUCCAUGGUGUCCUGUCUGCCCUGGCGUUCUGACAACCUGCACCAGGUGUCUCUGAUUGAGAACUAUCCUGCCCCACUCACUGCACUGGGAGAACCUGUCCGCCAGGGUCCCUUCACUGUGUGGGAGGAGUCUCCUGAGAUCAAGACAUCCUCCCGGGGGCACCAGAGGCAGGUGUUUCUCUUUAAGGACUGUGUCCUCCUUUGUAAGCUCAAGAGAGACCCCGGCAUGAACUCUGACACCUACGCCUUCAAGAACAAGAUGAAGCUGAAUGAUGUGGAGGUGAAGGAGAUGGUGGGGGGAGAUGAGAAGUCCUGGGAGCUGUGGCAUGAGCACCGCGGCUCAGUGAGGAGGUACACACUGCAGGGUCAUUCCACCUUGCUCAAGCUGUCCUGGCUCAAAGACCUGAGAGAGCUGCAGCAACGCUCCAGCCUGACUACUUCUAGUCCACCAGAGUUCAAAGUUCUCCUGGCUGACUGCACAACAAAGAUCGGGCAGACAAUCAAAUUGGCAUGCAAAGUCACAGGAACACCCAAACCAGUGGUCAGCUGGUUCAAAGAUGGCCUGGUCCUAGAGGACGGCCCUCACCACAUCAUCACUGCAGACCGGACAGGAACCCGCUGUCUCAUCCUGGACGGUGUCACUCCCAAGGACUCUGGACAGUACGUGUGCUAUGCCUCCAGCCCCGUGGGUCAUGCUAGCACACUGGCCAAGAUGGUGGUGGACGCACCCCCCAGGUUCAUUACUAGGCUGCAGAGUGCAUGUCUGAUGGAGGGAGAGGAAGUCCAGUUUACCUGCUCCACGCACAGCACACCUCUACCCCGAGUCAGGUGGUUUAAGGAUGCCAGAGAGCUGACAGACCAGAGGAAGUACAACAUAGAGAGUGACGCCCGCAGUGGGAUCCUCACUCUCACCAUAAUGAACCCUGGAGAGACAGACCUGGGACGGUAUGAGUGUGAGCUGUGGAACCAGUUGGGUAGUGCCAAGAGUAAAGCAGAGCUGUGUGCCACCUUCACACAAGUGAUUGACAGUGAGCCUGACCAACCACAGGUCCUCUUGACCAACGGUAGGAGAGUUCCACCCAAUCAAGACUCAGAUGGCUGGUCCACUGCCAUGGUGAAGCAAUGGCUUCAGACAGAUUUCAGCCCCACAUCUAUCGUCAAAAUGCUCUUCCAGCCUGGAUAUGCUAAGCCAGCUGAGGGUGGCCCAGAGGAAAGGGACCCCACCACCAGAGGCCACGUGGAGGUGCCCCAGUUCCCCAAUGAUCUUGAGGAAAGACCCGAGGUUGAGGAGGAACUUUAUGUCCCUGAGACCAUACAGGAAAUGCCAACAGCUCCUCCCUCCACUCAGGUGCCGGCAGAGGACCUGUGUGUGGAGUCUGGCCAAUCAGCUACCUUCACCAUCAUCAUCACAGGAAGGCCAACCCCCGAGAUUCAGUGGUACAAGGAUGGAGAGGAGCUGUUGGCCAAUGAGAAUGUGGAGGUGGUCCAGAAUGGUGCCCGCUGCUCUCUGACUGUGCUGUACCCGGAGAGCGAGGAUGGUGGCAUCUACACCUGCUGGGCCUAUAACGACUCCGGACACACAUCCUGUCAGGCUCAGCUCACAGUGGAGGAGGGUCCACUGGAGUCGCAGGAGAGGGAGGUGGAGCUUGGGAAGAGGAGGAAGCUGCUCUCUGUGUAUGACGUCCAUGAGGAGAUAGGGAGAGGCACAUAUGGGGUGGUGAAGCGGGUUACCCACAGGAGGACUGGCGAGGGCUUUGCCGCCAAGUUCCUGCCACUGAGGAGCAGUACGAGGACCAGGGCCUUCCAGGAGAGAGACCUGCUCUCCCGGUUGGCUCACCCCAGGGUGUCCUGUCUGCUGGACUUCUUCUCUACACGCAGGACCCUGGUCCUGGUCACUGAAGCCUGCUCUUCUUAUGGUCUUCUUGAUCAUCUGCUGUUGAAGGGAUCGGUCAGUGAGAGAGAGGUGCAGAUGUACGUUCAGCAAAUCCUGGAGGGAGUUGGUCACAUCCACAGCAUGAACAUUCUUCAUCUGGACAUCAAACCGGACAAUAUCCUGAUGGUGUUUCCACCCAGAGAGGAGAUCAAGAUCUGUGACUUUGGCUUCUGUCAAGAGAUGGACACUUCCAGACACCAGUAUAGCCAGUUUGGCACUCCAGAGUUUGUAGCACCUGAGAUCAUACAUCAAGACCCUGUCACUAUAGCAAGUGACAUCUGGUCCAUUGGUGUUGUGGCGUAUUUAUGUCUGAUGUGCCGCUGUCCGUUUGUGGGGGAGACGGACCGGGCCACUCUGCUGAGGGUGGGGGAGGGGACACUGAACUGGGACGCACCUGACCUCACCUACAGGAGCACAGAGGCCCAGGACUUCCUCCGCAUGGUCCUGCAGCCAGACCCAGAAAAGCGACCAACUGCAUUUGAGUGUCUGGGGCAUGAAUGGUUCCAGAGCGAGAAUGAAACUGAUGACAUCAACACAAGGGCUCUGAAAGUCUUUAUCUCAAGGACGAAAUGGCAGCGUUCUCUGACCUGCCUGGGCUCGGUCCUCACCCUGAGGUCCAUCCCAGAGCUGCUCGAUGCGCCUCCUCGGGAGACCUCUGUCACAGCCCCGCGGGACCCCCACGAGCCCAGCAGCACCUCAAUGAGCAGCGGCUCCUCCUCGGAGUACGACGAGGCCGACGCCUGGGACUUCUUCCACCACUGCACCACCACAGAGGAGGAUGAAGAUGAGGAGGAGGAAGACUUCAAUCUCCUCAUGAAGAGAGCCAGGAUCCCUGAGCCCUUCGCCAAGCUUAAAUUGGACGAAGAGGAGGAGGAGAGGAUCAUGGAGGAAGAGGAGAUGGGAGGACAGAGGAUCGUGCUAGAAAGGAGCAUAAGCAGGCAGUCCGUAGGGUCCUCGGACACCUCCAGGCAGCCAACCCCCCAGAGGGAGAGGAGGGUCAGCCGAGACAGCAGCCCAUCCUUGUACUUCUCCGAGGGUGAUGACAGCUCUGUUUCCGGGAGUGAAGAAGGGCGCAUCGCCAGGAGCAGCCUGAUCCACAGCACCUUCUAUGAAAGCUCCGCGCAGCUCUCGCCCAUGUCCGCCCGCCACAUGACCCUCAGGGACAAGUUCCAGGCCAAAAAACAGGAGAGGGGCCGCAAACCGCACCGCAGCAGCCUCUCGAGCCGCCUUAACGAGCCGCUCAUUGAGUACAUGGAGGACGAGGGAGAUACCAAUCACGGGCAAAGGCGAGGGUCUUUGCAGUCGUCCAUGCUCAAGUCUUACUCCGUCGACAGCGGGGUCGGCCUCUCGCACAAUGCACCCCCGCACAGGAGGAGCAGGUCGUUGGACGACUACUCACAACGCUCACCAGGAUCCACCAAACGCAGAGAAGAGGAAGGUGCUUUGAGUCUUAAGGAGGAUUUCACUGAUGAAGAGGAGGAUAAGAGCUUAGUCAUUGCCCCUCCCCAGAUCAAAGGUAGAAGAGGUUCAGUGGCAGUGGCUCCCGGACAGCUUAUAGCCAAGCUUCAGAAACUGGGUGCAAAAUUGCCCCAUGCUGGUCAAGAAAGGAGCCCUAUGCCAGAGCAGGGGAGACCAGGGGAGGAGGAAGUGGAGAACCUGGCUGGCUCGCAGGGCUCCCUGGCUGAGUCCUUCAUCCUCGAGCAUGGCUCUGAGGCCUCCAGCAGGCUGGGCUCCUGUGAGGAUAUGUCCCACGGCCGCCCUUUUGCCACACAUAGAGGGAGAGCAGGGGAUGAGUAUGAUGACCAGGAGGAGCCCCUGAUCACCCCAUCCCCCUGCUCCCUGCUCCAGGCAUCUGAGGUUGAGGAUGCUGAGCAGGAGCCCCAGCGCCGGCAAGGCCAACUUCAGAUCCCACCGAGAAGGACAACCCACCCCAACCAGAACCCAACGGACAGAAAUAAGGGUGCGAUAGAGAGGAAGGUUCUGCCGGUGAAACCCUGUCCCAGUCUGUCCAUCAAGGCCCCAGAGAGGCCCCCAAGGGCCAGAGACACAAAGGCACGACUCCAGAGGCAUGCGUCCACACCGGCUCUCGAGGCCAAACCGCCCACGGGGAAGUCUCCUAGGAUGUCACCCAAAGUUGGGUUAAUGAAUCUGUUCCGCAGACAGUCCUGGGCAGGGAAUUCCUACUCCCAAUUGGAGGGCGCGGAGCAGGGACCCACACUAGGGGAAUUGGAGCCCCAAACCCCCACCAUGUCACUAAAGAAAAAGAUGAGGGCAUCAGCCUCUAGCCUCACCAAGCUGUUCACUAAAUCGUCCAGCAAGGAGGACUUAACGAAGGGAGGGCCGAUUGUAAAGGGUUCAUAUCCUGUUCCGCCUGAGCAAGAGGCAAGCCCUGGCUUGGAGAGCCCAAAAAAGAAAUCCAAGUUCUUCUCCUUCAAAAUACCCAAAAUACCUGCAUUCAAAAAGAACAAAGAAAUGCCUAUCCGCCCCACCAGGCCUGAUGUGCACCAGUUGGAGGCAGGUGGAUUUCUGCUGGUAUGGAGACCAAUGCAGUCCAGCCACCCAGUGGUUUACAGUGUUCAGUACAGCACAGAUGGUGUGGAGUGGAAGCUCCUGUCGAAGGAGGUGACAGACAGUUGCUACGUGGUGAAGGACUUACCCAGAGGAGCAGGAUACGUGUUCAGGGUUGGCUGCAUCAUCAAGACAGGCACAGGACCUUUUAGUGACCCUUCUCCACCUGUUGUUAUGGCAACCCAUCCGGAAGAGACCCACAUUCCCCUCAUCCAGACAGAGUCCCCAGGUUCAAAGGGCAGUAGGUCAGGAGGUCAACCUAGCCACAAGACCUACAGCUUCCUCUCGGAGAUCAACAGGGGCCGUUUCAGCGUGGUGACCCAGUGUCAGGACAGCCAGAGCCAACAGCUGUUUGCUGCCAAGAUCACCCCCUGCAGGCCAGAGAAGAGACAGCUGGUGCUCAGAGAGUACCAGCUGCUGAAGAGGCUCAACCACCCCAACCUGGUGCAGCUGCACACAGCGUACAUAACCCCCUACUACCUGGUGCUCAUCCAAGAGCUGUGUGCCGGCAGAGAGCUGCUCUACAACCUGGCUGAGAGAGACCUGUAUUCUGAGCUCCAUGUAGCAGAGUUGCUUGCUCAGAUCCUGAGUGCCGUGGACUACCUGCACGGCCGCCGCGUUGUCCACUUGGACCUCAAGUCAGACAACAUGCUGGUGACGGACUGCAACAUGCUGAAGAUCGUAGACCUGGGCUCCGCUCAGUCCUUCACGCCCGGACAGACACUCAACAUAGAGCAUAUUCAGGGACAAGAGAAAGUUUACAUUGUCCUUCCUAAAGCUCCGGAAAUCCUUGACGGACAAGGAGUCGGACCUGAGACUGACAUCUGGGCUAUUGGGGUGUUAGCUUUUAUAAUGUUGAGUGCAGAUAGCCCGUUCCACUCAGACCUCAACUGGGAGAGGGACAGAAACAUCCGGAAGGGGAAGAUCCAGUUUGGCCGAUGCUACCCUGGCCUGUCAGAGGCAGCAAUCACCUUCAUGAAGAACACACUGAGCAACAACGCCUGGGCCAGACCCUCAGCGGCUGAGUGCCUCCAGAUCCCGUGGGUACGGGGUGAGUGGGCCACCUCCAAACACAGAGACUCCAUCUUGUGUUUCUCCACCGACAAGCUGCAGGCCUUCCUCAAGGAGAGACAGGUGAAACGAGACCAGGUCCGCACCAAGCUGCAAGGCCCGUUCUUCCAUUGAUCUGCUCUUCCAGUAGACUGUUAUGAAAUACAUGAACUGGACUUGGAUGCCUCUUCAUAGCCCAGAUCCUGGUUACAAAUAUGUGAUGUCUUACAAAUGUUAACCUAAAAUGGAAACUGGUCAAAUGUGUAUGUAUUAAUGGCUGUCUAAAGUUAAGUGUUUGUCUGAAUGAGUUUGGCUUUGGUUGAAUUACAGCGUCAUGAUAUCAGGGAAAUGUUUAGUUAGGUGCUUUAUGCAAAUACAGUUGCACGAGUUUGAAAACGUGAAAACAUUGUUCCUUUGAGUUUGCGGCAUUGGACAUGACAAAAGUUAAUAUUUCAUGAGCUAGAUUUGUAGAUUUUGUGAUUUAUUAGCCAAAGUGACAGAUAAGAGGGUUCAUGUGCCCAAAGCAUAGCAAGGGCCCCUACCAGCAUAAAGCUUUGUCUCACAAAGAGAGGAACGUUGAAAUCCCUAUCGGUAGAUACAUAUAGACAGAUAUUUAAAUAUACACUGUAUAGAUAUUUAGGAGUGAAAUAUUUACACGAUUGCAAUGUUUUACAUGUUUUCAAUUGUCUUGUUAUAUUGUAUAAAUGGAGAAUAAGAUCAUGAGUAAAUCAAGCAUUUUUGA